AUGACAUACACGCGUAUUGAGAUCGACCCUGAGGGUGAUACUCUCAUAAUCCUUCCAGUCAAGCCUGCUUCUACUCAAUCUGAGACUCCAGACCCUCCUAUUGAGAAGCAUUUCCUCUGUUCCAAGAAACACCUGACCCUUGCCUCUCGUCGGGCAGCAAAGCUCUUCUCAAGCCAGUUCAAGGAGGCUUCGGUCGAAUCUGAUGGUCUUUAUCACUGGAAGUUUGAAGGUAUCUUUAACGCUGAAGCAUUUGAGCUUAUCUUGAAGAUCAUCCAUGGCAAGACACGUGAUGUGCCCCGCAAUGUCAAGCUGGAUCUAUUAGCCGACAUUGCGACGAUCGUCGACGAUCUAGAGUGCCAUGAGGCUGUGGCGUUCUUCAGCACGAACUGGCUCUUUGGAUGGCCAGUUGGAUGGCCCAGCACUGAAGAGUUGAGGGACAAGCCAUUGGCUCAACUGAUCCUAGCAUCCUUCGUCUUUGAGCACGCGUCGCUUUUCCAGACCUACACCAAAAUGGCUAUAAGACACAACAUCGACGUCAUUUCGACUUAUGAAUUGCCAAUCCGGGCGGAUGUUUCUGAUAAAAUCGAAAGCACCAGAAUCGACAUUCUGCAGCGUCUUGUCGAUGGGUUAGAAAACCUUCAGACCAAGAUCCUUGCAGGCAAAGUGGGCUGCAAUGAAGCGUGCCGAGCCAUGUUACUGGGAAGUUUGCUGCAAGGAAUGAAGAAGUCUGGAGUAUACCCCCGCCCGUCACCGCCAUUCCCCAAGCUAUCCCCCGACGCUGUUCUCGCAUCGUUGGCAAACGUGCAGUCGCCAGCCUAUUUCGGACCGCAAAGCCAAGGUCGUCUCCUCAACUAUUCUGGCAGAUGGAACCUUGAUCCUACAUCUCCGAACCUCGUGUCUGGGGGUCUUCUUGGAUAUCAAUCUGUUCUUGUCCAGGAUCAACCAAAGCCUGCACCAGCUGGGACCAAUGCUCCUUCUGCAUCAACACCUCAGCAGACUCCUGGCGCCGGUGGGCUCACUCAGCCUUCUGGUGGUCUUUUUGGUAAUAGCAGUUCUCCUCAAAACACCAACACUCGACCAUCGUUCAACUUUGGUCGCCCCUAUCCCUCUUCUGGUGAUCUUUCUGGUACAUCUACUGUGUCUCAGAACACCAAAAGUCCUCAAGUAUCUUCUCAGUCUGGAACUAAAGGUAUAUUUGGUAACAUCAGUUCUAAUGCUGGGAUCACUCCCCCAACGGCAGAGACCCCAGAGCAGCCUGGAACAAUCGUUAGGCAUAACUGCCGCCUGAAGGACCUUAUUGAGCCCUUGGUAAUGGCAGCUGAAAAGGAAAUCACAGGGCUGAAACUUGCAGACUUCCCUCGACCGUAG